AUGGGCUCCAGUAACCACUUAACACCAGGUGGGCUGUGAGCUCGUCCACACAUCUAAGCAAUAAAAAAAAACCCGUUCUUCGUAAGCUUUCAUGAGCUGUUAUGGUUGUUUCUGUAAAUGAGAACACACCGUAUCACUAAAUUAAACACAACGGUUAUUAUUAAUAAACAAUUACAAAUUACGGCGUCAAUCACGCCCGCUACUGGAAAAUCACUUAAAAGCCUAAAAUGACUAACAUCGUAAUAUAUCAAUUUAAUACUGCCAGUUCAUUCGUUCGAGCAACAUGGUACGACCCUGCAGAUAUUUUGCGAUACAUUUUAUUCUCUUACGAUUUCUUGGCUUAGGGUGGUGGCAUCAUCCCCACGAAAAUAAAACUAGGAAUUAUCCCGGCCUAUACCUGUACUAUUCUAUUUUGACACAGCUGGUUUGGGUGGUCGGUUUUGUGGGACUAGAAACAAUAGAUCCUUUUGUCGGUGAGAAAGAUAUGGAUCGAUUUAUGUUCAGUCUCUCGUUUGUCAUUACUCACGACCUGACAUUGAUCAAACUUUACAUAUUUUAUUUUCGAAAUGUAGAAAUUCAAGACAUCGUCCGCACCAUUGAAAUAGAUCUAUAUAGAUAUUAUCAAAAUGAUGACAAAAUUCGCGCGACGAUCAGAAUUUCGCGAAUUUUUACUGCAGCUUUCCUUUUCUUUGGUUGGGUGACGAUAGGAAACGCAAAUAUUUACGGUAUCGUACAGGAUCUUCGUUGGAAAGACAUCGUAAAGAAUUUAAAUGAGACGACAUCUAAGCCCUUAAGAACAUUACCGCAACCGAUUUUCAUACCGUGGCCGUAUCAGGAAGAUAAACACUACAUUCUGACAUUCAUUCUCGAAACAAUGGGCUUGUUGUGGACUGGCCAUAUUGUAAUGACUAUAGAUACCUUUAUCGCGUCUGUUAUUCUGCAUAUGAGUACUCAGUUUGCGAUACUAAGAGAAGCAAUCGUAACCGCUUACGAUCGAACGAUGAUCGCUCUUUCUGAAGGGGCUUUGCAAAGUGGCGUUCUUUGUGAGAACAGUAAUGGAAACGAAGAAAAUAACCAGAUAUUUCUUGAAUCAUUCUAUUCAAAAGAGCAUAUUGAAUCGGUAUUGGAGAGCACACUGUUAAGUUGUAUUCGGCAGCACCAGCUUCUAAUUGGAUGUGUGGAGAAAUUCUCCAAAACCUAUUCAUACGGUUUCAUGACGCAACUUUUGUCUAGUAUGGCCGGCAUCUGCGUGGUAAUGGUUCAAGUUUCGCAAGACGCAUCCAGUUUCAAAUCGGUCAGGCUUGUCACAUCGUUGGCUUUCUUUUUCGCUAUGGUCAUACAGUUGGCCAUACAAUGUUUCACUGGCAAUGAACUGACUAUACAAUCUGAAAUGUGCAGGCUGAGAGAAUUGCGGAUGCAGUAAUGGAAAGUAAAUGGGAGAAGAUGCCAGUGAGACUGCGACGCCUUCUCUUGGUGACGAUGAUGCGUGCCCAACGUCCUCUGCACCUUACAGCUGCUGGAUUCGCCUAUAUCGACAACACUUGCUUUCU